AUGGCUGCCGGUGGUACAUUUGGUCACGGUAACUGUCCCAUCACGUCCAGUCACGGUAACUGUCCCAUCACGUCCAGUCACGGCAACUGUCCCAUCACGUCCAGCCACGGUAACUGUCCCAUCACGUCCAGUCACGGUAACUGUCCCAACACGUCCAGUCACGGCAACUGUCCCAUCACGUCCAGUCACGGCAACUGUCCCAUCACGUCCAGUCACGGCAACUGUCCCAUCACGUCCAGUCACGGCAACUGUCCCAUCACGUCCAGUCACGGCAACUGUCCCAUCACGUCCAGUCACGGUAACUGUUCCAUCACGUCCAGUCACGGUAACUGUCCCAUCACGUCCAGUCACGGCAACUGUCCCAUCACGUCCAGUCACGGCAACUGUCCCAUCACGUCCAGUCACGGCAACUGUCCCAUCACGUCCAGUCACGGCAACUGUCCCAUCACGUCCAGUCACGGCAACUGUCCCAUCACGUCCAGUCACGGCAACUGUCCCAUCACGUCCAGUCACGGUAACUGUCCCAUCACGUCCAGUCACGGUAACUGUCCCAUCACGUCCAGACACGGUAACUGUCCCAUCACGUCCAGUCACGGUAACUGUCCCAUCACGUCCAGUCACGGUAACUGUCCCAUCACGUCCAGUCACGGUAACUGUCCCAUCACGUCCAGUCACGGCAACUGUCCCAUCACGUCCAGUCACGGCAACUGUCCCAUCACGUCCAGUCACGAGAAGGAAGUUGAAGUUAGUGACACACGCAUGAGGGACCUCACCACCGACAAUGCACCAGCAUGUCUCACCUGUACAUGUACUCAACCUGAACCUGCACUCAACCCUGAACCUGUACUCAAUCCUGAACCUGUACUCAACCCUGAACCUGUACUCAACCCUGAACCUGUACUCAACCCUGAACCUGCACUCAACCCUGAACCUGUACUCAACCCUGAACCUGCACUCAACCCUGAACCUGCACUCAACCCUGAACCUGUACUCAACCCUGAACCUGCACUCAACCCUGAACCUGCACUCAACCCUGAACCUGUACUCAACCCUGAACCUGCACUCAACCCUGAACCUGCAUUCAACCCUGAACCUGCACUCAACCCUGAACCUGUACUCAACCCUGAACCUGCACUCAACCCUGAACCUGUACUCAACCCUGAACCUGUACUCAACCCUGAACCUGCACUCAACCCUGAACCUGCACUCAACCCUGAACCUGUACUCAACCCUGAACCUGCACUCAACCCUGAACCUGCACUCAACCCUGAACCUGUACUCAACCCUGAACCUGCACUCAACCCUGAACCUGCACUCAACCCUGAACCUGUCAUAUUAUAUUCGAACCAAUCAUACAUAGCUUCACGACCAACGUGUUUGAAAACAACAACUUGGUAA